AUGUCACUUUGUAAUACAAGUACAUACAAGACUGUCGAUGAUGACUCACAGCCUUCUGACUCCACCUGGUUCGACUCCGAGGAGUCAUCAGAAGUAUUGUUCAUCAUAGAUAUGUUUAUACAAUACGGGUUGUGCUGCGCUGGGGGGUUUGCUGGGAUGGUCGGCAACCUCCUGAGCAUCGUAGUGCUAGCACACAUCGGGUUGGCCAACAGCACUGAGAUUCUUUUGUUAUCUUUGUCAUUCUGUGAUCUGAUUUUCUGCGCAUGCUCAUUUGUAAAGCCAGCGCAGGUCAUUGCCGAAACCGUAGAGCCAAUGCUAGGCAAGACGUUCGAGACAAUGUGGACCGUGUACAUGCAAGGUGUCAAAGUCGGUGCCAGCUACUGCAGUAAUACGCACGUCCUUGUCAUCGCUGUUGAGAGAUUCGUCGCCGUGUUUUUUCCGUUUCAGGCUUCUCGUUUCCUAACAGCAAAAACCACACCUAUCUUGCUAUUUUUCUGCUACAUCUAUGUAUUCGUUCCUAUGUUGACGUUCGUUGGUACAUUUUUUACCUAUGUAUGGGUCAAAGACGCAGCUUCAAAUCGCACUUACGCCAUUUUGGGGUACUCGCAAUUUUAUCUGGAGAACUACAAUACUCUCGAGGUUUUCGGACGCCUAGUCAUUAAUAACUUAUACCUCACAACUAGCGUUCUUAUAGUGGCAAUAUUAUCUAUGGCUAUCAACUUUAAAUUGAUAUGUUCGAAAGAUCGAGAAAAUCUCCGCAAGUCUGGCAAAAGUUUGAAAAGAAACGAAAGAAAAAUUUCCAAAAUGCUUCUCGCAGUGUGUGCAUGCUACGUGACUCUAAACAUCCCGAACAUCAGUAUGGAGCUCUUCAACUCGUGUGUGGAGGUUCAGUACAGAUCCACCCAGUUGGUGAUGCUGUUUGAGCACGCCACUGAUAUCUUCUACACAGGGAACUGUGCCGUGAACUUUGUUCUCUACAUGACGAUGUCCUCCAAAUUUUCCCACUCUUACAAACAGUUGAUUUGUCUGUUUCACUUUAAAACAUGUCGUUAA